AUGUCCCUCAAUGCUCCUGCUAUUCCUGAUGCAGGCCAGAUUGCUCAAGAGCCUCGCAAUGACGAAAACCGCAGUGUCGUAGCUGAAAAUGAAGAUGAUCGUGAGCUACUGAAACUCGGUUAUCGUGCAGUCCUGGCCCGAGGAUGGGGCAGCUUCGACAACUUCGCGUGUUCCUUCUCGGCUCUGUACUGCAUAGGAGGCAUUCGGGUGUUGUUUUAUAUUGCUAUCAGUGCAGGUGGCCCUGCUGCUAUGUGGAGCUCUUGGGUAUCCGGUAGCAUUCUCUCGAUCAUCACCGCUGCUUGUCUCGCCGAAGCUUGUUCCAGCUAUCCCGCCGCGGGCUCGAUCUACUACUGGGCAUUCCGAUCGUGGGGUGGGGGACGUAUCGGGCGCUUCGUCUCGUUCAUGGUGGCGGCAUGGACACUGGUUGCUUGGACUGCUUUUCUGGCCUCUGAUUCCUUUGGAGUGGCGAAUUACCUCGUGUCGGAGAUAGUGGUGUUCAAUCCGGAUACAAGCUUUCCCUACAGCACCUCUGAUGUGCGUGCACGAGCCAUUGCCUGGGCAUUCUCACUGGUCUUCUUGGGAAUUGCAACGUCUCUGAACUUCCUCCCAUCGCGAAUGUAUUCCUGGGUUUUCCGUGCGGGUGUCAUCGUCAUCAUCAUUGAUAUGUUGCUCAACUUCAUCUGGCUUCCGAUUGGCGUUUCACAGACCUAUGGUUUCCAAUCUGCCGAGUUCGUGUUCACCUCAACCUACAACGGUGGAGAUGUUACGCCUAGUCUGAACUGGGCUCUAUCUUGGUAUCUGACUGCCAGCUGUUUGGUCGGUGAGGAUGCGUCGGGCCAUGUUGCAGAGGAGACCGUUUCUGCUAAGAAGGCCGCCGCGAAGGGUGUCUUCUGGGCGACUGUCGCCUCGGCUGUAUGUGGUCUUCCGAUCAUCAUCUUGUUCCUCUUCUGCAUGCCGUCCAUCGAUGUCUUCUAUGAUACCAGUGCUCCCCAGCCAUUCAUCAAUAUGUACGCGCUGGCCCUGGGUCCGCGAGCCCACGUGGUCAUGACGAUCAUCUCUAUGAUCGGUGCCAUCCUCAAUACCUCGAUCUCGCUGGUGGCUGCGUCCCGUCUGGUUUUCGCUGUCGCGCGCGAUGGUAUCUUCCCCUUCAGCCACGUUCUAGCUCGUGUCUCAAAGUCGAAGCAGCCUCACAACGCAGUGAUCUUCAUCUCGACUAUUGCUGCACUAUUGUUGUGCACCCAGCUCGCAUCUCAGGUCGCCUUUUCCAGUCUGAUCUCCACUUCGGCCGCGGGAUCGAUUGCAGCUUAUGGUCUUGUUGGCCUCGGUCGCACUUUCGUCACUCGCAAGUCCUUCCAGCCAGGCGUCUGGAAUUUGGGAAAAUUCGGCGUGGUCGCAGCUGUCAUCACGUUCAUGUGGAAUGGUUUUGCUUUUUCGAUUCUCUGUGCUCCAGAGUAUGCAAACAGCGAGAUCGACAAGGAUUCCAGUCUUUUCAAUUACGCGAUUGUGAUUAUGGGCGGUGUCACCGUUCUUGGACUAGCCGAGUGGUGGCGCAAGUCCCAGAACGAUUGGUUCCAGCAUCUUGAGACUUCUGAGUCGUCCUCGCAAAGCGAUGGCUCGAUCAAGCGGGAAUCAAAAGGCCCUAUCUCAUCUGAACCGAUGGCGGUUUGA